UUUAUAGCCACAUAUGACAAGACCAUUUCAAGUAGAAGUAGAAAACUGACAGACCGACACCUGACAUUUCGAAUAGUCCAUCUUAAUUUUCUUUUGCAAGUACGACAGCAAUCAUGGCCGUCGGUAAAAAUAAGGGUUUGUCAAAAGGUGGCAAAAAGGGAGUUAAAAAGAAGGUUGUUGAUCCCUUCACAAGAAAAGACUGGUACGAUGUGAAAGCUCCAUCAAUGUUUGCCACCCGGCAGGUCGGCAAAACUUUGGUUAACCGUACCCAAGGUACCAAAAUUGCCUCUGAAGGUUUAAAAUUCAGAGUUUUUGAAGUAUCUUUAGCUGAUUUACAAAAUGAUAAUGACGCAGAAAGGUCUUUCAGAAAAUUCCGUUUGAUAGCUGAAGAUGUUCAAGGUAGAAAUGUUUUAACCAAUUUCCACGGUAUGGAUUUAACCACUGACAAACUGAGGUCCAUGGUUAAGAAAUGGCAAACCUUAAUUGAAGCAUCUGCUGAUGUCAAGACAUCUGAUGGAUAUUUACUUAGGGUGUUCUGCAUAGGUUUUACCAACAAAGACCAACUUUCCCAAAGGAAAACAUGCUAUGCUCAACAUACACAAGUUAGAGCUAUCCGUAAAAAGAUGGUAGACAUUAUUACCAGAGACAUCCAGGGCUCAGACAUUAAAGAAGUAGUCAAUAAGCUCCUUCCUGACAGCAUAGCCAAGGAUAUUGAAAAGGCCUGCCAGGGUAUCUACCCCCUACAUGAUGUAUACAUCCGUAAAGUUAAAGUAUUGAAGAAGCCUCGUUUUGAACUCUCCAAAUUGUUGGAAUUGCACGGUGAUGGAGGCAAAGGUGGUGCUGGUGACUCCACUGGUGAAGCUGGUUCUAAAGUCGACAGGCCUGAGGGAUACGAACCACCAGUACAAGAAUCAGUUUAAAAUUUUGUUAUUUUGUAAAUGAAAAGAUUUAAAAAGAGUAUAAAUACAAGGUAUUUAUAAUAA